GAACUCUCAUGUGACGGAGACACAUUCCCAUUGAUUACCACCUCAGGAAGAACCCUCGGAAUGGCCUUACGGGGAAGCGAGAAGUCCAGCAACCCAAUCUUCGUCUCUGUUGGCCACAAAGUAUCUCUAGUGACGGCGGUGCGACUCGCCAGGCGAUGCUGUAGGUAUAGAGUUGCUGAGCCCGUAAGACAGGCAGAUAUCCUAUCUCGGGACUUCCUGCGUGAAAAGUUUCCAGAAAGUUAUGACGCUGCUGCGUGUAAGCAGCCCAAGAGGCGGACCAUCAAAGAUUCCGACCAUCUGGAGAGAUAUCAACAAUAUGCAAAUGAGAGGAAAAUGGAAAGAGGUAAGAGGGAUGUGGCAUCAAGUUUCUUUGAUGACCAAUCAGAUGAGGAGUCAAGUUUUGAUUCUUUGUUUGAGCCAAUGAAAUAGCGGAUGUAGCUAUACAGUAAUUUAUGAUGGAUUGAAUAUUUGUAUGACCAAUAAAUUUUUUUAAGGAAGAUUUACUUACAUAUUUUAAACUA